UUCGCGUUCAGUGUAGGAAGUCGCGUGCGUGCGAGUAGCGUAACAAUAACGUCGCGAAUAUUCCGAACUUGAAGGAAAAUAUGUCCGCGUAAAAAAAACAUGUUUCCCGUGCAUUUUUUCCCAAUUUUAUGAAUGAAAACCGUCCUGACGGUUAAGUGACCAGCAAGUGUUUCGAUCAUGGUGGAACUGGAUUUUAGCUCAGUGGGAGCCGUUCCGGAUGAGGGAGUACCUGAUAUGACGAGACUGACCGUCCUGGACGAGGCGGUGAUCAACAAGAAUCUCAAAGUCCGAUACAUCCGGGAUAAGAUUUACACCUACACCGGAUCAAUCCUGGUUGCUGUGAAUCCUUACAAGGACAUUGACAUCUACUCGCAGGAAUACGUAAACAGAUACCAUGGACGUAAACUGAGUGAGCUAGAGCCUCAUGUGUUCGCCAUAGCAGAGGCGGCUUACUCCUCCCUACAGACCUGCUUACCUGCCCUCGACAGAUCCCACAAGAAUCAAAGUUUAGUUAUAAGUGGCGAAAGUGGAGCGGGAAAAACCGAAACGACCCGAUUUAUCUUGCAGUACUUGUGUUCGGUCACCUCCGGGGUAUCGGCAUGGGUGGAACAACAGAUCUUGGAGGCGAAUACUAUAUUGGAGGCUUUCGGCAACGCGAAAACCGUAAGAAACGACAACUCGAGCAGAUUCGGGAAGUUUAUGCAAGUCUGUUUCGAUACAAGAUGGAUGAUCGCCGGCUGUAUUGUCCAAGACUACCUUCUCGAACAAUCCAGGAUAACCUUUCAAGGAAAAGGGGAGAGAAAUUACCAUGUGUUUUAUCAGCUAGUCGAGGAGGCAAAACAUAACAAAGAACUGGCCUCCCAGUUACACCUCAAAGAUGCCAAAUUUUACAACUACCUCAACCAGUCCGACUGUAUGAAGCUGGAAAGUGACGCCAAAGGUCUGGACAGUCUCCGGUUGGCUUUUCAGGUGUUACAGGUGCCGGCCACCAUGUGCAACGGGAUUUUCCAGGCGUUAUCGGCCAUUUUGUGGCUUGGUAACUUAACUUUUGAGGAUAUCGAUGGCGAACGUUGUCAACUGACGAAGGAGGACGAGGCUAUUGUGGAGGUGCUGUCGCAACUUCUCGGUUUGGAGAUCAACAAUAUCCGACAGGUGGUGCUGCUGAGGCAGAUCAAUGUUAGAGGGAACAUUACGGAAAUCCCUCUUACCAAACAACAGGCGGGUGAAAACAGACACGCGAUGGCGAAAGCGAUCUAUUCGCGCACCUUCGCAUGGCUGAUCAACCACAUCAACAACUGCAUCAACCCGGGUCAGGACUCGACCCGUUUCUUGGGCGUGUUGGACAUCUUCGGUUUCGAGAAUUUCGCCGUGAAUUCCUUCGAGCAACUGUGCAUCAACUACACCAACGAGAAACUGCACAAGUUCUUCAAUCAUUACGUGUUUGCUUUAGAACAGGACAUCUAUCAACAGGAAGAGAUCACUUUCAACCAUAUCGCGUUCACGGACAACACCUUAUGUUUGGAAUUACUGGAAAAACCGCCCAGGUGCAUUUUGCGAUUAUUGAGCGAGCAGUGUCACUUACCGAGGGGCUGUGACGCCUCCUACAUCACGAAUUUACACGCGGAAUUCGAGGGUCACGAGAGAUACGUCAAAGGUGAUGAUAGACGUAGAUGGGAAACCGAGUUCGGAGUCAAACACUACGCGGGGUGCGUCACUUAUAACGUCAAGGGUUUCGUGGAUAAAAACCGGGACGUGCAACAAGACGUUUUCUUCGAUAUCAUUUCCAGAAGUACCAACGAGUUUGUGCAAGAAUUGUCCACCUUUCAAGAGUUAACGCAGAAGACGCAAGCUACCAAUGGGGUCGGCACCGUGUCCAGAGGCACUAGCAAAGGGAAACCCACCGUUUCAGACACUUUUAGGCAUCAAUUGCAAGCUUUAGUAGACGUCUUACAGUCGACGACCCCCUGGUACGUUCGGUGUAUUAAGCCGAAUAAAGAUAAGCUCCCGAAUGAUUACGAUGACGCUUUAGUGUUGGACCAGUUAAAGUAUUUAGGGAUGCUGGAUAUUAUUAGGAUUAGGAAGGAAGGGUUCCCGAUACAUAUGAACUAUGAGGAUUUUGUCAUUAGGUAUCACUGUCUCUCGAAAAACCGUUUACCCCCGGAUGUCCAGAAGGCCUCCCUGUACCUCAUAGACAGCUACAAACUGCCUAAAACCGAAUGGCAACUGGGGAAAACGAAAGUGUUCAUGCGUUCCCACGUGCACGAACCUUUAGAGGACACCAGGAAUAAAAUGAUCAAGGCCAAAGCGGUUUUAAUACAGACCACUUGGAGGAAAUAUAAGGCGAGGAAAGAAUAUGUGAAGAUCAAAGGGGCGGUGUUACGUAUUCAGCACGCUUACAAAGGCUGGAAACUCCGCAUCGAGUUUUUAAAGAAACGCCGUGCCGCCAUAGUGUUACAGAGUCACUUGAGAGGCGUAUUUGCCAGAGAGGUGGCGGCAGCCCUGAGGGAAAUGCGUCGCGUCGAGGAGGAAAUGCGCAAACGCGAACGCAUGGAGGAGGAGCGGCGGCAACGGGAGGCGGAACGGUUAGAAAGAGAGAGGGCGGCGGAGGCGGCUCGAUUAGCCGCCGAAGAGAAGGAGCGAGAGAGUCGGGAGAUGGAGGCGUUGCCGCCCCCUCCGAUCCCCACCGAGUUGCAAAACGGAGAGUUGGAGGAAAGCGAGAGGGCGGCCGAGCAAGAGAUCGCCGCCCUCUCUCAAAUGGCGGAGCAACUGAAGCCCCAUUUAAGCGAGAACGUGACGGAAUCGGUCGAUUUGGACAAUUUGUUCGCCUUCUUGUCGGACGUGGCGCCGCAGGCCAACGGACACCGUUGCCACAUCAUCGACGAAAUCGGGGAGAAAAUGAACGAACUCGUAGAGGAUCUCGACGAGGAGCUCGAAACUGUGAUACAACAAGAAUUGGAAGGUUUCGCAGGCUUGGCCCAGGAGCAACAAACCGCCCCGGUACUACCAAAAAUGGGCCUGCCAACUUUACCGGAACCGACGGGACCACCGCCGCCGCCCCCACCUCCGCCACCCGCCUUUCAAACCGUCCCCGAGACACCCGCCACGCAAACCGCCGCGGCUGAACCCGCUCCCCCGACGGAAACUCGAAAGCGAAACCACAAAGACGAACCGAUUUACGAGUCGGUGCUACCGCGAGAGGAUCCGAUAACUCCGGUGUGUAUUUCGCCGCCCCCGUUACCGGCCCCGCCCAAAUUACCUUCGGAAAGUGGCACGCCCAGGACCACUCCGGCCGUUUCUAGGUCGAAUAGUUCUUUGUCGCAACAUUGGAAACAUAACGGACACGAAAUACCGAUGCAACAGCUACAGCAGCAGCAGCAGCAACAACAACAGCAGCAACAGGCGAUCAACAGUGAGCGAGAGCAACGCAGACGUUUCCGGGUGGAAAAGAAACUGUUGGAAUUGAGCGAGAGCAGUGAGAAAGAAACGAACGGCGGGGACGAGCUGCAUUACGAUAUGGUCGAGUUUGCUAAUGAGUAUUUCAACUCGCACGAGAAGAGUCCCGAAGGUACGAUCAUUGCUACUUUGACGAGGAAAAGGCAAAGUUCGGAAAUGAUUCCGAAGUACGAAAUGGUGACUUAUUAUAAGGGAAACACCAUACCGAACUCGCAUAUGCACCUCUAUGAUCCCGAUAAUGUUAAUGUGGCUUGCACGAUAUUUAGGGACUUGUGCAAAUACAUCAGGGGCGAAUUAAACGCCGACAGAGAGCUCUCCGUAAUCCAGUCCAUAAUAGGGUUCGCCCUGGAAAGGGAAGAACUCAGGGACGAGGUUUACGUGCAGUGCAUCAGACAGGCCACGAAUAACCCGAACGCCGACUCAGCAGAGAGGGUCUGGCUCCUCUUGUGUCUCUGCGUGGUCUCCUUCCAGCCGUCCAAGUUGCUCUUUCGAUAUUUCCUCUCGUUCCUCAAGAAAAAUCUAACGCAAGAUGGGAAGAUCGCUCAGUACGUGCAAUGGUGUCUGGAUAAUUGUAACAAUAAUAAGGUCACGGUGCGAGAGAAUCCGCCUAGUUCUGUUGAAGUUGCCGCCAUGAAACGUCUGGGCACGAUCGUAUGCCGGUUCUUUUUCCUCGACGGUAGAACGAAAGCGAUCGACGUGCAUCCGACCGAUACCGCGCAAGAUGCCGCUCGCAAAUUGGCCGAGAGAUUGGGCCUGAAAACGAUCGACGGUUGGGCGAUUUACCAGAGCAGACCCGACGGGGAGGAACACGUACGCGCCCAUCAUUAUUUGUACGAUAUUAUCGCACAGUGGGAACAAAAUCAGAACAAGUUGACCCCACCGAGCGGUCUGGCCACCUUGGGGAGACGCAGUACGCAAGGGUUGAGCGGUGGCGAAAAUCGGUUCAUAUUUAAGAGGAGACUGUUCAAGGCCACCAGGGUUCUCAGUCAGGAUCCCGUCGAGGUUAAUUUGCUGUACGCUCAGGCUGUUCAUGGGGUUGUCAAGAUGGACGAUUUUCCUGUUACGGAAAAGGUCGCGUUGCAACUAGCCGGCCUCCAAGCCCAAGUGAAACUGGGAAACCCAAAGGACAAUAACAAACUGGAAUAUUACACUGAUAUCGAUAACUAUUUACCUUAUAGGAUUUCGAAAACUAGAGGCGACGACGUAUGGGUUCCGAUCAUCGCCCAAGCGCAUCGUCAAUACGGCGCCAACCGCUUAGAACUGACCGCAAAAGCCCUCUACUUAACGUGCGUGAUGCAGUACCCGUUAUACGGCACCACCAUGUACCCGGUAACUUAUAGGGGCUACUGGUCCUACGGAAACGCUUUGAUUUUAGGCAUCAACUGCGACGGGAUUAUGCUGAUAAAAAGCGACGACAAGUUCGUUUUGAACGAGUUCCGGUAUCAGGACAUCGAGAGUAUCCUGUUGGACCCGAGCGACAGUUUUAUCACGAUCACUUUGCAACGGAGCAUCGGCGAUAGUAAUCACAAGUGUUACGUGUUCGAGACGAAACAGAAGAACGAGAUCGGUUCGUUGAUCGCCAGUUAUCAUCCGGCAUUGGCCGGAUGGAUGACCGAGAGCGAGGCGCCUCAGAAGAGGAUAAAGAGUAUCACCAACGAAGAUAGAGUGAGACUGUACCACAACCUAGUGAAUUGUAGACGAGCCCUAGUAGAUCACGACAUCCUAAGGAAACCCGCAGAUUCUUCAGGCAGUUUUAUAAGAAACACCUUGAGGAGGCUCAGUAAACACAAGUUGGAUAAACUAAGACAAGAGCACGGAGGUGACACCAGUGAAACGUACAAAGGCUUCCAUCACGCCUUCUGGGCCUUUAGCAAACAGCCCUUGGUGCAGAGCAUCAGUAAAAUCCCGGAAGCCGAGGAACAAAUCAUGCUGCAAGUCUUCCAGAUCAUUUUGACUUACGCCGGUUUAGGACAAAACGGUGAAGUCAUUCGGCGCGUAGAGGACGAACACGUGUCCCUCCUGCAGACCAUUUUGGAGCGGUGCAUGCGCAAAGACACUUUACUGUGCGAACUUUAUUUGCAGUUAAUCAAACAGACGACGGAUCAUCCCGAUCCGAAUUCCCGCGUUAAUCUUAGACAUUGGGCCCUGUUGUCUUUGUCUUGCUCGGUGGUUUUGCCCCCUAACAAGGUGAUACGGAGGUACCUGAUAUCGCAUUUGAAAAGGUGUGGAUCGGACUACGUGACUGAAGAGGGAAAGUACGCCCGUUUCGCGGAAAAAUGCCUCUUAAAGACCCAAAGUACCCGUCGAAGACAAUGGCCACCCUCACGAGAGGAGAUUUUGUGCACGAUCAAUCGUAGACCGGUUUACGCCCGAUUCCAUUUCAUGGACGGGCAGUAUCACAGCGUCGAGUUUAAUCCGUCUGCCACGGCUAAAGACGUUUUGGACGUUGUAAGGGAUAAGAUCGGACUCAGUUCUGAAGCGAGAGGUUAUGCGAUAUACGAAGUGCUAGGUAACUCGGAACGCAGUUUAUCCGCCGAAGAGAAAGUAGCGGACGUGAUGGCCAAGUGGGAACGUUACAGAGCGGCGUCCCAAGCGAACCAAACGCAAAACACGGCAGCCGCCAAAAAGAUCCGACCGCAGCACCACUUUUUCCUGUUCAAAAAACACCUCUUUAUGGAUAACUACAUCAAUUUGGACGAUCCGGUUGAAAAGGAGUUGUUGUACCAUCAAGUACUGCACGAUUUACGGACCGAUCGGUUUCCCAUCACUGAUAAAGAAGCGAUGAUGUUGACCGCGUUACAAGCUCAACUGGAACUGGGCGAUAUCGAGGACACGAUCCACGAUUAUCGACCGAUCGCGUGUCAUUGUUUACCCGCCCGCAUGGUUCCCACCAUCCCGAAAGACGGCGUCCAGAUGCACCAUCAGAGUUUACGAGGGAUGACCGCAUCCGAAGCGAAACAGGCCUUUUUGAAUUUGAUCCAGAGUUGGCCGCUACAUAAAGCCACCAUUUUCGAUGUCAUGCAAUCUUUCACGUCCAACUGGCCCCGAGUCCUCUGGCUCGCUGUGGAUCAAAAAGGUCUACACUUACUGGAGCACCGGUCUAGAAACACCCUGUGCACGUACGACUAUAACAGUAUUUUAUCGUAUUCGCCUGCACUGCAGUGCCUGAUGAUCAUCACCGGGAGCGAUCAUAAGCAGAGCAAAGUGAUCUUGACCACGGCCCAGGCGUUCCAGAUCGCCACCCUGAUUCGGGAGUACAUGGAAGUUCUGCACGAGAAUAUGGUGGAGAUGCGUAAAGUGGAACAGACCCGUAGCAGACCGGUGAGCGCCGUGCACCCGCACGCGCCCCUCGUACCCCCGCAGCCCAGCUAGAAGAGGGUCACGUUCGCGGAUGACGUCAUAAGAUCGAACCGCCGUUAAUCCAGACGUCGGUUUUCCGUGUGGCAAAAGUUGCUCGACGAUACGACAAUCAAUCGUAAAUUUUGAUAAGAAAAAGGAAUAGAAAAAAAAAACAUAAAAAAUUAACGUCAUAAGAGUGAUUUAUAUAAGCAUUAUUAACUGCCACGUAUCAUCGUCAAUAACUGCCAAUCAAGGUGCUUUCAUUUCGGCUUUUGUUCACUAUUCAUUCAUAUACUCACUGAUCUUGUAAUUAAAGUACAACGUAAGUCGAUCAUAGUUACUACAGUGGUGUUUAAAUAUUCAUAUAUGUUUCGUUUUUUUGUGUGGUGUAAAGGUGGAUUUUCAUCGAGCAACUUUUGCAGUCGUCCGCGAAAAGAAGUUCGUAGUACCGUAAGGCUGAUUUUAUUUUUUAAUAAUAAUGAAACUUGAUUAGUUAGUCCUCGAAUUACACAUGUAGCUCGUUAAAAUGCCUUAUCGACUGGCAUCUACAAUAUUGCAUCAUAUAAUCGGACUCGUUUUUGUUAUAGGCAUUUUUUAGCUCGUUUGCACUUCUAGUAACAACGGACCAGGAUAACAUUAAAUAUCGUAAUGCUUAAGCGCUUUCGUAGAACAUCUGCCGCUAGAAGUGUAAAUUGUAUAAAAAUUUAAGAUGAUGUUGGACUAGCCAGAUUAUAUUUUAAGACUGAAUAGCCAAAAUGUUUAACUUUCUUUAACUGGCUUGAAGAUGAGCCUGCAAACUAGUAAAAACCAAUUCUUCCUAAUAUAAUCUUAAAAUCUUGCAAAUAGGAUAUAACAAAUUGUUUGACAAAAUGUUAAUGCAACCUAGUCAAAGUGUACAUAUUAUUAACUGCGAUACAAAGUUUUAUUAUUGUACAGAUGUUAUAUUGUGUACGCACAUUGUUUUAACCCUCCGAACCCAUUUUUUUACUUUUUAUGAUUAUUUGUGAUAUGAAUUCUCGUAUUGAGACUCCCCAUACCAGAUCGAUGUUUUUACCGAUUUAUUAACCAAAGAUAAUCAAAUAGUUGUCUGGUAUCGAGAGUGUCACUAUAAAACCAGUUUUGUAUAUGCCUGCUUUUUAAAUUAUAUUGCUUUGUGUCUCUGUAUUUAUACCGAUAUGAUUAUAUAAAAUGAAAAUAAAGAAUUAUGAACAGAA